AAAUAUCACUCUGGCGUUCGGCACCUUGUGAGAUGCUGGGACAGGCGGAAAGAAUUGGGAGCCCGUGAUGAUCUGUGCUUGACCAGCUGGCGGGGUUCUAGGGUAACAAAGAAGAGUUGCCUCUAUCCGAGAUCCCCCCCACGAUGACUAUUGCCCUUCUGCGGCAAGUCAAUUCCGAGACACAAAGGAGCAGGUACAAUGUGCUCUGUUCCUAGUUGGUCAGGCCUGGUACGUACUUUGGAUGAGCAGACACAUCUGCGACAUGGCAAGCACAAGCUCAUCGUGAUGACCUAGCAGACGAACAAAUCCAUGGGAUUUGGUUUUAAUCCCGUUGGGUCAAACUUCACAUUGUUGUAUCGAAGACAAAGUCUUGGGAUCUUGUUUCCAUGUACCAUGCAUGCGAACUCCUUCGCUCAAGGUAUUUAAAGAGAGCAAAUGCGGGUUCUGAGUGUUGAUUUCUGGAGACAGAGUUCUUCACACACUCGCAUCGUUGUGCUAAACUUGGCCGAGAGGGAUAAACAAAGCAUCCCGAAACACAGCACCCAUUUCAGAUACACAUCUCCCUCGCUCGAAGCAAACCGAUCGGCCACUAGCACCUCGACGCGCCUCAGAAUGGGAACGACUCCCUCUUUCCGUCCCCGAAACCCAGGGAAGAAGAGGGAGAUGGGCCGCGGAGCGAUGGUGUGUAGGGCUCUGGCCAACGUCGCCAUGAUGCUUGCGACCGUUGCCGCGCUGCACUGCCUCAUCACAUGGCUCGCCGCUGGCGACUCGCACCUCUACUGGUUCUUCGCGCUCUUCGUUUGGCGCUAUCUCCGCUUCUUGGUCAACCUGGCAGCGUUUUGGCUCUAUACGCCCGCGCCCAGGCCCGUCAAGCCCACUUACACGCCCCCCGACGUCACGGUGAUCCUGCCCACGAUCGAUCCCCAAGGGGAGAAAUUCCUCGAGACGGUCAAGUCGUGCGCGGACAACGGCCCGGCCAAGAUCAUUGUCGUGACCGCCGGCGACGAGCUCUUCUCCAAAGCCUCGGCACUCGUCGGUACCUUCACCAGCGCGUACCCGGACGUGAAAUUCGUGGUCGACCGGACACAGGUAGUCAGCAAGCGGGCCCAGGUCGCCCUCGCCGUGUCGCUGGUCGAGACCGACAUCACGGUUCUGCUGGACGACCACGUCUUUUGGGGGCCCCGCUAUCUGGAGUCGCUGCUGUGUGCCUUCGAGGAUCGGGCGGUCGGCCUCGUGGGCACCAACAAGCGUGUUCGGCGUCAUCGGGACCUGGGUCUCUGGGGGCGGGUUUGGAACAUGCUCGGGGCAACCUAUCUCUGCCGCCACAACUUCGAGAUCCGCGCGACCAACACGGUUGACGGCGGCGUCUUUGUCGUUUCCGGGCGGACGUGCAGCAUCCGCACCGAGAUCCUGCGCCACCCGGACUUCCUCCCCGGCUACACCAACGAGAGGUUCUUCUUCGGCCUCUUCGGGCCCCUGAACGCGGACGACGACAACUACGUCACGCGCUUCGUCGUCCGCCACGGCUGGAAGAUCAAGAUCCAGUACACCGAGGAGGCCGUGAUGCAUACCAGCGUGGGGGUCGACAAGCCGGUGGCCACCAAGUUCCUGGGGCAGUGCCGGCGGUGGGUGCGCACGACGUGGCGAUCCAACCUCUGCAGCCUCCUCACGGACCGUAGCGUAUGGGCCCUCCAACCGUACUGCGUCUACGCCGUCUAUCUGACGUCGCUGACCAACUUCGCAGCGCUCACCGACGGCCUGCUCGUUUACCUGCUGGCGCGCUCCUCCGCCUACAGCGUGGGCACGUUAGCUGGCCUGGUAAGUUGGAUUCUCCUCACCAAGACCGUCAAGGUGUUUGACUACUUCCGUCGUCACCCUCGAGACGUCGUCCUCUUCCCGGCGUACCUCGCCUUUGCCUACUUUCACGGCCUCAUCAAGUUCUGGGCCCUGCUAACCUUUUGGGACUGCACCUGGAGCGGGCGCAGACUGGACCGGAUCGGGGUCGACGGCCACAACAAGACGGCACGAGGGGGGGGGCGCGACGACGACGACGACGACACCCGUCAGACUCCCGACCCUCCGCACCUCGACACCCUGCGCUCGAUCCGCGACCGCAUCGCCGGCCUGCAUGAGCAGCACGUCCGGCACAUCGCGGAGUACCAGCGGCCGUUGCUCGCGGAGCUCCAGCACCUGCGCGAGUCCUUCAGGGACCUCCAGGGAGACCACGACGCCAUCGUCGAGAACCAGGACGCCAUCUGGCCCGAGCUCCACAAGAUCGAGACCCAGACCAAGGACCUGGCCGCCGGGCACAUCUCCAUCUCCACGACGGUGGCCGAGUCCGACAUCCUCAAGGCCAUCACCGGGGUCAAAGAUGCCGUGGCCGGGGUCGAGGGCCGGUGGAAGGACUGGGCGUCCGAGCUGGCCAAGACGGCUUCUGCUUCGCCGUGAUGCAUAACUUCUUCUUCUUCUUCUUCUUCUUCUUCUUCUUCUUCAAAAGGAAGGGGAAA